AUGACUGUGGCUCUCCUUGACCCUCGGCAGAGAAAAGACACCCUUGAUGCCUCCUCCUUCUCCUGUGUAAGGAAAAGAAGCACCAUGCAGCAAGCUCAGGGUGGGGUGUCCUUUGAAGAGGUGGCUGUGUAUUUCACCAAGAGAGAAUGGACCCUGCUGCACCCAGCCCAAAGAGCUCUGUACAAGGAAGUCAUGCUGGAGAAUUUUGGGAACAUGGCCUCUCUGGGCAACAGUGAAAAGACAUCCUUGAUGCCUUUUCCACCGUCUCCUCCAUGUUCUGAAGGGAAAGGAUGCACCAUGAAGCCAGCUGAGGGCGAGGUGUCCUUUGAGGAGGUGGCUGUGUAUUUCACCCAGGGGGAGUGGACCCUCUUGAGUCCAGCCCAAAGAGCUCUGUACAAGGAAGUCAUGCUGGAGAAUUUUGGGAACAUGGCCUCUCUGGGACCUGAGAUGGCAAAACCUGGCCUCAUAUCCCAGCUGGAAGAGGAGGAAGAGCUGUUUCUCCUGAGCUCUGAUGAAGAGGAGGGACUGGCAGGCGGCGAGCUGGUUUCUGCUCACCCGUGGAAAAUAAUGGAUCCAGUUGGUUUCCAGAACACUCUGUGGGAGCCAUGUGGGAAGAGCUUCAAUGACAGUCAAAACUUUACUGUCCAUCAAAGAAUUCACACAGGGGAGAAGCCAUAUAAAUGCCUGGAGUGUGGGAAGAGCUUCAGUCGGAAUGACAGUCUUACUGUCCAUCAAAGAAUUCACACAGGGGAGAAACCCUAUAAAUGCAUUGAGUGUGGGAAAAGUUUCAGGUGCAGUGGACACCUUACUACCCAUCAAAGGAUUCAUACAGGGGAGAAACCAUAUGAAUGCCUGGAGUGUGGAAAAAGCUUCCGUAAGCAUUCACAUAUUACUUCCCAUCAACGAACUCACACAGGGGAGAAACCAUAUGAAUGCCUGGUAUGUGGGAAAAGUUUCAGACAAAGAGGAAACCUUACUACCCAUCAAAGGAUUCACACAGGGGAGAAACCAUAUAAAUGCCUUGAGUGUGGGAAGAGCUUCAAUGACAGUCAAAGCGUUACUUUCCAUCAGAGAAUGCACACCGGGGAGAAACCACAUAAAUGUCAAAUGUGUGGGAAGAGCUUCAGUAAGAAUGGAAGCCUUACUGUCCAUCAAAGAAUUCACACAGGGGAGAAACCCUAUAAAUGCCUGGAGUGUGGGAAAAGUUUCAGUGAUAGUGGAAGCUUUACUGUCCAUCGGAGAAUGCACACAGGGGAGAAACCAUAUAAAUGUCUAGCGUGUGGGAAGAGCUUCAGUAAGAGUGGAAGCCUUACUGUCCAUCAAAGAAUUCACACAGGGGAGAAACCCUAUAAAUGCCUGGAGUGUGGGAAAAGUUUCAGUGAAAGUGGAAGCUUUACUGUCCAUCAAAGAAUUCACACAGGGGAGAAACCCUAUAAAUGCCUGGAGUGUGGGAAAAGUUUCAGUGAUAGUGGAAGCUUUACUGUCCAUCGGAGAAUGCACACAGGGGAGAAACCAUAUAAAUGUCAAGUGUGUGGGAAGAGCUUCAGUAAGAGUGGAAGCCUUACUGUCCAUCAAAGAAUUCACACAAGGGAGAAACCAUUUAAAUGCCUGGAGUGUGGAAAAAGCUUCAGGCGAGGUGGAAACCUUACUCGCCAUCAAAGGAUUUGUCACAGUCUGUGA